AAUCUCAACUUGUUCAGAUUUCAAUGGCGUCAGUGGAAGGAACCCUAAGAGUGAAGCUCCUGGCUGAAGAAACAAAUCAGCGGCAGGAGGAGGAGGAGAAGGAGAAGCCAGAAGAGGCGAAAUCUGAAGAAGUAGUAGAAGAAGACGAAGAAGACGGGGAAAAGGAAAAGGAGGAGAAUCUAGAAGAAGAAUCUGAUGGUGCCGACAAAAUCCAAUCAUCCCCAGGUGCGAGUUUGAGGCCUACUAGGGAGAGGAAGACAGUCGAUCGUUUCUAUGCAACUCCUACAUCAAGACCUUCUGCCACCAAAUUGCUUUCCAUUCAGAAGGGCCGAGGAGUGCAGCUUAGGGACAUCCCAAAUGUGGCUUAUAAGUUAUCCAAGAGGAAACCCGAUGAGAACCUACAGAUACUCCAUAGCAUUCUUUAUGGAAAGAAAACAAAGGCUUAUAAUUUGAAGAAAAAUAUAGGUCAAUUUUCUGGAUAUUUGUGGGAUGAAAAUGAGCAUGAAAAGCAGAGAGGAAGGAUCCAAGAUAAGUUUGACAAGUGUGUGAAAGAAAAGUUGCUGGAUUUUUGUGAUGUCCUUAAUCUUCCAGUCAAAUCAGUUACAAAGAAGGAAGAGCUUUGUUUGAGGUUGUUAGAGUUUUUGGAAUCUCCCUAUGCUACCACAGAUCUAUUGCUCGCUGAUAAGAAAAAGAAAAGCAAAAAGCAGAAGAGCAAGGCAACAAAACCCAAAAGCUCAGUAGAUAGAACUGCACCAUCUAAGAAGCGCAAGGUGUCAUCAGAAUGGAAUGAAGAAGCUGAUAAUACCGGGGAUGAAUCUCAAGAGGAUGAUCAAAAUGAUGAAGAUGCAGAGGAAGAAAGUGUUCCGGAGGGGACUGAUUCCGAGGAAGAACAAAAUGAAAAAAUCUCUUCAAAGAAAGAUUAUGGAACUAAAAUUGGGGAUAAGGUUGCUGGGAAGGAUACCCCUGUAAAAUCUUCCAAAAGCUCCAAGGUAGUGAGUGCUAAGAGGCAAAAAGUUGGUGAGGACAAAAGUAUAUCUGUAAAGGAGAAGGCUUCUAGCAGGAAGUUGUCAAAAAAGGAUGGGAAACCAAGAAAUGUUAAGGCUGACUUAGAGCCAAGCAAAGAAGAGAUAUACACUGCUGCUGUAAACAUUCUGAAGAAUGUAGAUUUUGAUACUGCAACUCUAUCAGAUAUCAUCCGGCAGCUAGGAUCCCAUUUUGGAGUAGAUUUAAUGCACAAAAAAGCAGAGGUGAAGGCUAUAGUUACAGAUGCAAUGAACAAUAUGAGUGAUGAUGAAGGUGAGGCUGGAGAUAACGAAAGUGAAGAUUAAGUUAAUCCAUCAGUGGAAACAUUCUGAGCUGUAAUAUGUCGGCAAGAACUGAAAUUGCCCCAUUUUGCCGCCAUUGACUUAAGAAAUUUGAUACAUGUACACCUAUAAAUAGUGUUAAAAUUUAUAUAUGUAUCCUUUAAGGGCCUGCUUAUCAGUUA